GCUCUCUGGCUCCUGUACCUGUUCGUCAUCCUCGGUGUGACAGCGGAGAAGUUCUUCUGCCCCAACUUAUCGGCCAUCUCCACCAACCUGAAGCUGUCUCACAACGUGGCUGGUGUCACCUUCUUGGCCUUUGGCAACGGGGCACCGGAUGUCUUCAGCGCCGUGGUGCCCUUCUCUGCUGAGGAGUACCGGCCGCUGCUCCCCUCCCGGGAGACCUCCCUGCGCAUCCUCACCGCUGCCCUCAGCCCCUUGGACUACGGCAAGUGGAGGAGGAAGCCCUGGUACUGGCGGCUCUUCAAAGUCUUGAAGGUGCCCGUGGAGCUGGCGCUGCUGCUCACCGUCCCCGUCGUGGACCCCGACAAGGAUGACUUGAACUGGAAGAGACCCCUCAACUGCCUGCACGUCCUCACCAGCCCCCUGCUCUGUGUCCUCACCCUCAAGUCGGGCGCCUAUGGGCUGUACCAGAUCCAGGGCGUCUUCCCUGUCUGGGGACUGGUCACGCUAGUUGGCUCUGUCCUGGCCAUCAUCAUCUUCAUCACCACAAGCAACGAGGAGCCCCCAAAGUACCACUGCGUAUUUGCCUUCCUCGGCUUUUUGGCCAGUGCCAUGUGGAUCAACGCGGCGGCCACGGAGCUGGUGAACAUCCUCCGGACCCUGGGCAUCAUCUUCCAGCUGAGCAACACCGUGCUGGGCUUGACGCUGCUGGCCUGGGGCAACAGCAUCGGUGACACCUUCUCUGACCUCACCAUGGCACGGCAGGGCUACCCCCGCAUGGCCUUCUCUGCCUGCUUCGGGGGCAUCAUCUUCAACAUCCUGGUGGGCGUCGGGCAGAUGCCCAGCAGCCAGCUGGACCCUGGCGUCACCCCACGUUGCUCCCCAUCCCUCCGGCAGCUGGAGCCUGACAGCCUCCUGGUCUGGAUCCUCGCCGGAGCGCUGGGUCUGAGCUUGGUCUUCUCCUUCGUGUCGGUGCCCGCGCAGUGCUUCCAGCUGGGCAAGGCAUACGGUGUCUGCCUCCUGCUCUACUACCUGGCUUUCCUCUGCGUGGCUCUGCUGACCGAGUUCAGGGUGAUCCGUCUCCCGGUCCUCUGA